AUGAGGCAGAGAAUACAAGAAUUACACACUACAAUUACGGAGAAAUUAGGCUCUGAAUCAUUAGCUAGAGUUUUCUACAUUCUGUUUCUUCUCAAAUCAAUGCUGUUUGUGGGCAUUGUAUAUUACUAUUUUAGAAAAAGAGAGCAAGAUAGAACUAAAAAGCUGAAUGACAAAAGAAUGAGAGAAAUACGUGAAAACCAAAUGAAGGUUUGGGAGAAGGAAAGAAGUGAAUAUGUAAGCAGUUCCAAGGAUAAUAGUAGUUUUGAAGAGGAACGAGAAAAUGUAGAUAAACAAAAAAAGAAGACUAAUAAAUUAAGUUGGAUGAGCGCUAAUACUAAUACCCAUUUAAAUCCACACUUUAGCUAUUUAUCAACAUACAAACCAUCAGUAUCUAAAAGAUACCCAUGUAAGAAAUGUUGCGGACAAUAG